UCUCAAAACAUAGAGAAAGUCGAAGAUAGUUUAAUAGUGGAAAGGCAUGAGAGGUUCAAGAACUGCAUCUUCAGACAUGAGUGCUUGGUGUUCUGCUGUUGUGUUGUUGUCUUUAAUACUUUUGUUAUCUGUUCGUGAGAACAACGCUUCUAACUCGAUGAGAGGGUCUCAAUUCUCAGAGAAACCUUGUGAGGAGAUUUACGUCGUCGGAGAAGGAGAAACGCUUCAUACCAUCGGCGAUAAAUGUGGCGACCCGUUUAUAGUUGAGCGAAACCCGCAUAUCCAUGACCCGGAUGAUGUCUUCCCUGGUCUCGUUCUCAGGAUUGCACCUUUUUAUUUCUCCAAAAAAGUGUAAGAUAUAUAUAUGCAAAGAGUUAUUUUAAUUUUCUUUUAAUUUUGCUAGAAGUAUACGUAUUUUAUGUAUAUACUA